ACUUGCCACGAAGCCAUGAAGAUUUUUGCCGUCAUCACCAUCAUUGCCCUCGUAGGAGGUAGCAACGCUUUCCUCUCUGAGGUUUCCAACCUGUUCCACAACCUUGGACAGGAGCUUGGAGCCGUCGGUAAAGAUCUGGUCCACGUCGCUGAGCCAGUGGCCAAUUCUCUCCUGCAGACCUUGGAGAAGGCUGGCACCCAACUCCUGACAACUGCUGCUUCUGAUCUUCUGUCUCAUCUUGGUGGCGCUGGAAAGAGAGAUCUCGGUGAAGUCAUUUCUAAGAUCGGCAGCUUCGUGACAAAGGGCGAGGAAUACCUGAAGACUACCGGCACUCUUCUGGAAGGAGCUUUCAAGGGAACAAUCGCCAAGGUCCACGACGAGAUCAACAGCGUAAUGACCAACGCUAAGCCCCUUGAGAAACUGGUUGAUGAGGUCAAGGCCGCCGUCAGCGGACACAACGAGUUUGUGAACAACCUGGUCAGCAAGGCCGAGGAGGAGGCAAUGAAGAUGUUCGGUGACAUCAUGCACCCCAAGAGAGAUCUCGCUGAAACCGCCCACACCUUCGGCCAGGGCCUGAAGGACCUUCUCCAGCAGGUGGCCGCCCCACUGAAGAGCGCCCUCGGCGACAUCGUCACAAAGCUGGAGACCAACGUCCUCAGCCUUUUGGGUUAGAUGCUGAUUCGUGAACCAAAGCCGGGUGAUGGCGAUAAGAAACCCUGAACUUCCAUUUUUGUAUCUAUGUACAAAGCGGGUUUUUAAUAAUAAAAAAAAGUUAACACCAA